GAUUUAGAAAGUGCAAUUGAUGGUCUUUCUGAUCACUGUCGCUGAACGCGCUCAACCAUCGGCGUCGCCAACCUUCGUCACUUUCUCCAGGUGCGUUUACUCUACAGUACCCGCUAUCGCUCAGACGCGUUCUCCAGACUUUCUCCGUUUCAAGUCCGCGCUGGGCGAGCUCAGAUACUUAGUAGGCUCGUCUACCGCAGUGCGCACCAGAACAAGUCUUCAACCCGCUGAAGCAACGCAUGGUUGUUUCACGCUUUCAGCUAGCUUAUCUCGGAAGCGGCGCUUACCUGCGGGACCGGAUGCACCAGCUUCACUGGAGUGGAGCUCCACCAUACGAUCCGCGUUAUCCUUCCCCGGACUCGUCGUCGUCGACAACCACAUUGCCAUACGUUCCCGGCGAUGUUUCACGCCAUUGUACAAUCAACAACGUCAAGACCCUUGUUGAAGGAUGUAGAUCACCUCGCGAUGCAGUGUCAUGCAUUGAUUGCACGCAUGGCGUGCUGCGGAGCUUCAGCAUGGACAACACCCUUGCUCCGGGGAUUGCAUCUGCCGACUCGAGCCAUGUCCUCAUGCACGACAACGUUCGCUUCGUGCGCGAGAGCGUAUAAAAGCCAGCCUCGAUUUGCCUUCAUCUCCUCAGCAGCACUUCUGUCUUACGACCCAGCUCCCUCGAGUCUUUUCCGCCAUGCGUUUCACUCUUGCCACCGUUGUCGCCGCCCUGCCCUUCCUGGUUGACGCCGCCCCAACCACCCGGGCCCCGGCCACCAAGAUUCCCAUCCAGAAGCGCGGGACGCUCAACCACGCCAGCGGCGCGGUCAACUUCUCCGCUCUGAACAGCCAUGUCGCCUCUGUCAAGGCUAAGUACGAGCGUGGCUUUGCCAACUACGAGAAGAACGUUGGAAAGGCCCACCCCCUUGCCAAGGCUAGCUCCUCCAAGCGCGCCACUGGCACCGAUUCCCUCACGGACGACAGCAGCCAGCUAUGGUACGGAAAGAUCUCCGUCGGUACCCCUGCUGUUGACUACACUGUUGAUUUCGACACUGGCUCGUCUGACCUCUUCCUCCCCGGUCCUGACUGCGGCUCGACCUGCUCUGGCCACACCGCCUAUGACCCCUCCAAGUCGUCGUCGUCCUCUGACGUUGGUCAAACCUUCUCUCUCUCGUACGGCGACGGCUCCACCGUCUCUGGCGAGCAGUACACCGACACCGUCGUCCUUGCCGGCCUGACCGCCACUCAGCAGACCCUCGGCGCUGCCAAGACGUACUCAUCCGGCUUCGAGUCGUCCAACUUCCCCGCUGAUGGUCUCAUGGGCAUGGCCUACCAGGCCAUCUCCUCCUACGGUGCCUCGCCCGUCUUCAACACCCUCGUCUCCGAGGGCCAGACCGACGCUGGCGUCUUCGGCUUCAAGCUGACCUCGUCCGGCGCUGAGCUCACCGUUGGCGGCACCGACUCCUCCGCCGCCUCCGGCGACUUCACCUACGCCCCCGUCACCCAGCAGGGCUACUGGCAGUUCUCCGCCGACGGCAUCUCGUCAGGCGGUAGCCAGGCCCAAGGCUCGUUCGACGCCAUCGCCGACACCGGCACCACACUCAUCGUCGGUAUCCCCGACGACGUCUCCAGCUUCUACCAGGCCAUCGGCGGCACCGCGUCGAGCCAGGGCCAGGGCUACUACACCGUCCCUUGCGACUCCAUCCCCGACAUCACCGUGACGAUCGCCGGCACCGACUUCCCCGUCUCCGCCGACACGUUCAACCUCGGCCCCGAGUCGUCCGGCAGCUCCGACUGCAUUGGCGGUAUCGUCGGCCAGGACGUCGGCUCCUUCUGGAUCCUCGGUGACGUCUUCCUCUCGAACACGUACACCGCGUUCGACUUUGACAACAACCAGGUCGGCUUCGCCAAGCUCGCUUAAGCGGCUGGCUCGCAUUAUCUACGGUUCCCCGCCGCUUUAUUUUCCACUGGGUCGUAUAUAAUCUGCUCGGAUUCAUGAUUACGAGUAUUAUCACGCAUCAUGGCAUUGGCAUUCACGUU